CUUGUCAAUUGUAUUGUCAACUCAUAAAACGUCAAUACACCGAAUCUGAAUAUAAAACAAUGUCUGAAAAACCAUUUUAAGUCAAUUAGUUUAUUUAAAUCACCAAAAAGGUGAUUGUUAAUACAAAGCUUGUAAUGUGCCAGUGAUAUAACUUGAAAAUGGCUGAUCUUAUACGUGCCGGUAGUGGUCACAAUCACGGUAUACAUAAAGAUAAAUUAGGAUCUCCAAGCACAGGAAGUGAAGAUGGAAAUGAACAAGAAACCCAGGGGGCCAUCAAACCUGAACAAGAAGAACCGGAUUUAGGAGAUAGCGCACACUAUGCUCCCCCUGAAACACAGUGGUACCAUGGACGUUUGGAUAGGUACCAAGCUGAGGAACGACUUUGGGAAUGUAAUAAAUUGGGGGCUUAUUUAGUAAGGGAAAGUGAUAGAAAACCUGGCAGCUAUGUUUUAUCCUAUUUGGGACGAACCGGCAUGAAUCAUUUUAGAAUCACUGCCGUUUGUGGAGAUUUUUAUAUAGGAGGUAGACAAUUUGUUUCUUUGAAUGAUUUAGUUGGGUAUUAUAAAGAAUGUAGUGAUUUACUCAAAAGGGAAAGAUUGGUUCAUCCUGUUCCACCCCCAGAGCCAGUUAAUGACAAAAAGAGAGUUGUUGCUAUAUUACCAUACACAAAGAUGCCAGAUACUGAUGAACUAACUUUCAAAAAAGGUGACAUAUUUUUUGUACACAAUGAUAUGGGCAAUGGUUGGUUAUGGGUAACAGCUCAUAGAACUGGUGAACAAGGAAUGAUAUUUAGGGAACUAGUAGAAGAUUUAGAUGAUAGUAUAGAUCCCAAUACAGUAUUUCCAUGGUUUCAUCCGAGCUGCACAAAAAAUGAGGCAGUAGACCUAUUAGUAAAAGCUGGUCCUGGUAGCUUCUUAGUACGACCUAGUGAUAACUCUCCAGGGGAUUAUUCACUGUUUUUCCACAUCAAUAACCAAAUUCAACGAUUCAGAAUUGAAAAAAAAGGUGUUAGAUAUUUAAUGGGUGGUAGAAUUUUUGAAUGUUUAGACGCUGUUAUUAAUAGAUAUAGAAAGGAGCAGAUCGUAGAAGGGUACACGUUGCAACAUCCACUUGUAGUUGAUGGUUCGAAACAACUUGAUUGGGUGCCUGAAAAUCAAAAAGCCAAAUCUGAAGCCGAAAAAAUAUAUGCCACUCUCAGAGAAUGUCGAGAUCAAGCUGGUUUGAAAAAGAUGAGAGGUAUCAAACAUCAAGGAUACUUACACAGGAAAUCUGACAAGGCUGCUAAGAAAUGGAAACUAUUGUAUUUUGUACUUUUAGUGGAUGGAACUGAUACUCAUUUAUAUUUGUACGAUAAUCCCAAAAGGACUAAACCCAAAGGACUAAUAGAUCUCUCAUGUGCUUAUUUAUACCAAGUUCACGAUAGCCUCUGGGAACGUUCUCAUUGUCUUCAACUAGUAGAAAGGGCACUUCCUUGUUUGGCAACUGUUACUCACCUCGCUGCGCGCUCCACAGAAGAUUGUCAAGAUUGGGUGAACGCUCUUAAACCCCUUUGUGUACCCCAAUUAAGUAAAGCUACAUCUAAAGUGCCAAGAUUAAGAGAACUACGUUGUCUCACAUUACAUAUUAUAGAUGCACAUCGGUUGCCAUAUAAAUUAGUGCCACAACCAUAUGUUACCAUACAACUGAACAACCAGGUUAGAGUUGCUAGAACUAGAACUAAAUCAGGGCCUGAUCCCGUGUGGGAUGAAGAGUUCGUCUUUGAUGAUGUGCCAUGUGAUAUUGUAUCAUUCACUUUAACUGUUCACAAUAAAGGUAAGAGAGGAAAAGAGCAGGAAGUGGCGGAACUCCAUGUGGAAUUAACAACACUGGGUAAUGGAGAAGAAAGAGAAGAAUGGUAUACUCUCUCUGGACUAACGCCCAUGGGCGAAUGGGGAUCAUUAAGACUUAAAACAAGGUAUUUACAUGAUUUGGUUAUGCCGGCAGAAGAAUAUAGUCCUCUGCAACAAUUAUUAAUAGAACCUGGUUUAACAUCUGUCAAAACUUUAGCAGAAAUAUGUCACUCCGAUAGAGCUCCUUUAGCGACAGCUCUUUUAAGAGUUUUCAGAGCAGAAGGAAGAGAGACUGAAUUAUUGAAAGAAUUAAAUACAGCAGAAAUAUUAAGGGAAACGGAAACAUCCACUUUAUUUAGGGCUGCAUCCUUGGCGACAACAUUGAUGGACCUAUUCAUGAAAGCAGAAUGUGGUGGCUUCCUGCAAGCUGCUGUAUUGGAAACAGUGUUGAGAUUAUUAGAAAGUAAGCAAAGUGCUGAGUUGAAUCCAGCUAAAAUGGACUCUUUGGAUGACGCUUGCAAUAAUGCUGAAUUUUUAUUACAAAUUUUAGACCAGGUAACGCUUAGUAUAUUCAUGUCUCCAGACGCUUGUCCAAGAUCGGUACGAUAUAUUUGUGGAUGUUUGCAAAAAGCGGUCGUCGCAAAAUGGCCGGAUGAACGUUUCGUACGCACACGUGUCGUUUCAGGUUUUAUAUUUCUAAGAUUAUUAUGUCCCGCCUUACUAAAUCCGAGACAAUUUGGUUUGGUAAGCGAACAGCCAUCCCCAUCGGCUACAAGAAGUUUGGUUAUGGUCGCUAAAUGCUUACAGAAUUUAGCUAAUUUGGUUGAAUUUGGAGGAAAGGAACCUUAUAUGGAAGUGGUAAAUCCGUUUAUACUCAAAAAUAAAGAACGUAUGGUUGUCUUCCUUGAUCAGCUUUCCAUGGUAGGAGAUCCAGGAGAACCGCGCAUCACUACAGUCCCAGAUACUGCCAAAGAACUAGCAACUUUACAUCACAUAUGUGUGGCACACAUAACUGAAUUACAAGCUGUUGGUAAAUUGAAUUCCAACAUUAAAACUUUGGUGACUGUGACAGAUAUGUUGGCCAAACACAAGCAGAAAUAUUUGGAAAUGAUCAGAUAGUAGAAUUGAUAAAUGAGUUAUGUUAUUGAUUUUAAUUGAUGAACUGGCAACGAUGAAUGCAUUUGGAAAGCUUACUGGCAAUAACAUUAUUUUAUCAAAUAAUUCAAUUUUUAAGCGUCUGCAUAUUGUUUAUUAUGCAAAACUCAUUUGAACCCAUUAGCGCCCGGAAUUAUUUUUAUUUUCAUAUUUAUUGCUCUAUAUUGGUUGAGAUUAGAGUAUUAAUUAUAAAAAUUAUUAACAAAAUAAAUUUAAUCGAAAACAAUAAUAGCUGUUACCAUAUGGUAUCACUGGGGCGGUUAAGGUACAAGCAAUUAACACAAAAGCACAUCUUUAUGCUUCUGUAAAUUAAAUCUUAUAUUAUGUAAUAUAAUUAGAACAAAUGUAAAUACAAAGCUACAUAGAUACAUAUGGACGUGUAAAUGUUCACUAAUUUGAGUGAUUCUGAGGAAAACAAGGAACACAUAACCCAACAUCACACUUUAUGCACAUGGUUCUUCCAAAGGUUCUGUACCAGCACACAUCUUCUCCAAUGUCUAUCACUAUUCUUUGUUAUUCCUUAGACUGUUUUACAAUUUUGAUAUUUUGGCUUUUCUGUUCCAAUGAACUUGAUACAUAACCAUUUCCCUAGGUGUUAAAAUUGUUUUUGCAAGCUCCAGCUACAAUCAAAAACACCGAUUUUUCUUUGUCAAAUAUAGUACCGAACCGAUCCUUCUUCAGUGCUCUCCCUUUUUCCUUAAUGGACUGAAAAAUUGAGAAGAUAUCUAGUAACAGAGCACUAUAAUGCCAAUAUUUUAAAGGCCUCUUAUUAUUAGCUUUUGAGGCAUCUACUGUUUCAAAUGUGCUCUGCCCUCGAAGGCAACCAUACUCUUAUCCACCGUCAUAAGCUUUUUUGCAAUUGGGUGAUUAUGGGCCUAAUUUUAUAUAAUCUAUCGAACUUUUCAUCACCUUUUUACAGCAUAGAAUCAUUGUCAUUGAGAUAAAGGAGACAAAGAAUUUUUAGGAACCUUUUUAGUGUCUUUAAACUUGAUAUUCUGUGAUUUGCAAUAUUCAGGUCUGUUGACCAAUAAAUUCGAAGACAUAGCAGUGGAUUCAACCCCUUAAUAAUUGUCUCCAAUUAAUGCUUUCAACUCUGCCAAAGUGAAAUCAAGUGCCCUUUUUUUCUGUUGUGCAUAGCGAUAUUUCACUAUUAAUUCUAAAAAAUCAUCACCAAGGACAUUUGAAAAAAUAUUUAUUGGCGACUGGUCUAUAUGCCUUUUUGGAACUUAUGUUCCUGAAAAGAUGAAGGUUUCAAAGCUGUGAGGUAUAUAAGGAAUUUCGGACCAAGGAUAAUCAUGAUCAUUAGUCGGUGGCGGCUCUGACUGAACAAAACUGAACUGGAUUCUAUAAAAAAUGGAAAGUCGCUGAUUUCGUAAAUAAUUUUAUUGUUGAAAAAAUAUUUUUUUUUGUAAUUUGAUACAUUAAUGGGAAAUAAAAGAGUAGCCAUUUGAUAUACAAUGUUAGAAAUGGCAAGCCACUCGGGUCCCGACAGGCCUGUGACUGUCUUCCCUACCACUUCACCGCGCGCUGCAAGCCCCACCACAAAUCUUCCCGUAUCAUUGCCAAACCCUGUAUUUGUCUAAAACAAUCAUAAAUUGAACAAAUUUAGAAUUUAUAGCACACAGAAGUUACUGCGGUUUUGAGGUUAUGCAAUAAAAACUGAUUAUUUUCCAUAAUUAUUAUUAUUAUUAAGCCAUAAAGUGUACGGCAUAAAAUGAAUUGAUUUAUAUAAACUGCACCUUAAGGUAUUUUUUUUUUUCAAAAAAAGCCAUCAGCCGUAACCAUAAAAACCACAAAAAUUUGAGAGAAAAAGAAAUAGAGGGUGUGUCUGGAACAGUACUAGAAGCUCACUGUUUGAAAUUUAAACCAAUUGUUUCGCAUAUAAAAAGCUAAACUCAUCCGAUGUGGGAGAAUAUUGAACCCAUAUCUCUCAUAAAAGAUUAAGCCAGAUCGAGAAUAAAAUUUGAUCCGUUGAUGAAAAGUUGAUUUAUUAAUACCGUAUGGUAUAUCUGGGCAAUAAUAGCUUAAUAAUGUUUACUCCAUUAAAAAAUUUUUUUUUUAUUUUGAAAAUUUAAAUAUUUUACCAAAGUUUUUUUUAUAAACUUCUCAAAAGUAGCAGGUUUCUUUUUCUACAUUAUUAAAAGUUUGCUGUUAAGUGUUGAAACUUUUCCAUUUUUUUUUUCUUUAUUUCAAAAUUGAACUUGGACUCUGUGAAAACUCAACGUGAAGUUCAUACUCCAAUUAUUAUGUGUCAGGCAAAUUUUGAAGGAAAAUGGACAGUAUUUAAGUUAAUAGAAAGAUAAUAUCUUAAGAGAUAAUUUCACCUAUUUUUGAAAUCUACUCGAUUUAUGAUAACUGUUAAUGUUAAUUAAAUCUGCAUUUUAACAGCAGGUUUUUGAGUAUGUACACAUAUUGAAAUGUUUAGAGUUGUUAUGAGUCUCUCAUUCUCGGACUAGCUUAGGAUCAUGUGUUGUCUAAUUGGAGUAGAGCAGGAAGCAGAACAUUGUUUUCAAAAACGCAGGAAGAAAAUGGUUUACGGUGAAAUCAUAUAGCUUGAUGUAGAUAAAUUAAAAUAUUUACAAUUGAAUACAAAAUACAAAGCUUCUAAUGUAUACAUAAUUGUAAAUAUUUACAAUUGAAUACAAAAUACAAAGCUUCUAAUGUAUACAUAGUUGCAAUUUCAUCAACAUUUCACUAUUUUUUUAAGUUAUAUAUUUUAUGUACAGGGUUUUUCUUUCGUCGAGUGUUACUACUAGAGUGAGAAUGUGACAGUUUAGUACCUAAUUUUGUUUUGAUCUCUUCCAUUUUUAAGCCAGGGCAGUCGUUCUGUAUGUAAAAAGACAAUCAAAUUUGAAAAUGUAAUUUGAUAUUCGACCAUUUUAUAAAUAAAAAAAACAGAAUGUAAAAAAAGUACUCAAAAUUCAUUUUUGGUAAAAAUUGAUCAUUCUUCUGCCCCAACACCAUUUCAUCGUUUUAUUCUCAAUGAAUAUAUAUAUAAAUAUAUAUAUAUAUAUAUAUAUAUAUAUAUAUAUAUAUAUAUAUAUAUAUAUAUAUAUAUAUAUAUAUAUAAAACAAUAUGUGUAUGUGCACCAAUAAUAAGUAAUAACCCUAUACAUCACUCGAUUGUCAUUUUAGAUCAUACAAAAUGUGAUUUUGAGCUUUUCAUUGCAAGCAUCGUUUGGGUCAAUAAAAUAUUUUAAGGGAUGUCUCUCUCCCAGAAUCGAUAAGUUCUAUGAGACGUUUUCACUUGAAAUUUUACUAUUUAUCCUAUUUAAUGUUCAGUAGUUUCUAUAUUAGAAUGCAACCUAUGGUCUUUUCUUAUUAAAGUAUAACACUUUUAUUCUGAUAAUUUUGUUGUCUAUUUAUAUUUAUAUAAAAUUUUGACUGCACAUUUUAUAUUAAUUAAUUUUAAUGAGACUGCCAAAAACUAAAUUUAUUUAUAAGUCAAUAGAUUUCUAACAAGAUUAGUUAAUUUUAUAGGAGUCAAGCCAAGAAAAAUUUUUUUAAAAUAGUUUAAUGUCACUUUUUACCUAGAUGAUUAUUAAGAAGUCAGAUUUAAUACUUUUUGUUAGCUUUAGUUGUUUACUAUAUGCUGUUUCAAUCAUUUGCACUGAAUUUUCUUUCUUUGAAUUAUCAUUGGAGGUUUAUGAAAGAUAAUAGUCGCUGAGGCUCACAUCUGAAAACUAUAAUAGAUGGACAAGCGAUUAAAAAACCUGUAGUUUUGCUUCUGAAACUAAUGAUUAUAUAUGUAAUAACACUCUUCUACUCAACAUUAUUCAGUUCAAAUAGAAAUUAUUUAAUUUAACUGAGAGUGCUCACUCAGGCUCAGCUCUGAAAAAUAUGAUAGACUAGUAAGCUAUCUGACAUACUGCUCAUAGUUUUACUGCUUUAAAUAAAGAUUAGUGACAGGUUGAUUUUAAACAAUUCCCAAUAACUCAAUUUCACUGAAAUUAGUCACCUAAUCGUAGAUCUGGAAAAUUUGGUAAAUGGGUAAGCGAUUAGUAAUUCUUUACAUAUCAUUUGGAUAAUGUAACUCACAUUUAGUGACGGUAUUAUUUGGAAUUAGUCCCUAGUGUUCAACAAUAUUCUAUUUACAUGAGAAAUUCACUUUAGUUAACCUAAUUUCACUAAUAUUAGUCGAUGAGACUCAGAUCUGGAAAAUGCGGUAAAUGAGUAAGCUAACAGACUUUCUCCUCAUGUAGUUUUACUGUAGUAACUAGAGAUUAUCGACAGUUUGAUUUAAGAUAACUCUCUCCUACCUAACAACAUCCAAUUUUAAUGAAUUUUACUUUUAUUACCUUAAUUUAACUGAGACCAAUCCUCGAGUCUCAGAUCAGGAAAAUGUAGUAGAUGAGUAAGUGAUUAAUAAUUCUUUAUUUGUAGUUUUGAUAAUAUGACCAACGAUUAGUAACAUUCCAUUGAAAUUAGUCGCUGAGACUCAGAUCUGGAAAAUGUGGUAGAGGCAUGAACUUCAUGUAUUUUGACUGACUAAAGAUUCCUGAUAUUUUGAUGAAAAUUUACUUUUAUUAACUCAAUUUAACUAAGACUAGUCGUUGAGAUUCAGAUUUGGUAGAUUAGAGUCAGUAUGGUUUGUCUGUCUUCUACUGAACUAUGUUUCAUUUAAUAUACCACAUAUAGUUAACCUCAUUAAAUUUUGAUAGAAAUUUACUUUAGUUAAUUUAAUUAUGCUGAGAUUAGUAGCUGAAGCUCCCGUCUUGAAAAUGUAUUAUUAUAGUGACUAGUAAAUGUAUUAAUAUAGAUUUGCUACUGUUUCCAAUGGUUAGUGACAGUAUGAUUUGGUACAAUUCUCUUGUGCUCAAUAAUAUUUAAUUCAGAUAGAAAUUUAUUAAUUAGCUCAAUCUAUCUGAGACUAGUGGUUGCGACUCAGGAAUUAAGAAUUCAGGUCAUGUAGUUCUUCUACUGCAACCAAAGAUUUUGAAUACCGCAUUAACUAAACAAUAUCCAAUUUACACAAAAAUUUACUUUAAACAAUCCAAAUUCAAUCGCAUAAUUUGAUUAUUUAUCCACAACAAGUAUACUAAAUUAAAGAAUGAAAAGUAUGAAUUCUUUUGACUUCUUAAUUAAUGUUAUAUGAUCAUCACGAAAACAAAUCAAAAUGAUUGUUUUUAUUGUAAUGGAAAGUAUUUAUAUUUCAUUAUGUUCUUAUGAAUUUGUAUGAGUAAACUUUUAUGACUCUUUUGAUACUGUUUUUAUAGAUUAAUCAUUUAUAUUACGAAUAUUUUAUACACAAUAAACAUCCAAAAACUAAA